GGAUAGUUGUGAAUUGUUUUCGCAGUCGUACCUUGAAUACGAAGUCAAAACGCCAACCUCCGGAGUCAUACAGGACCUAGCGGAGUUUGUUUCUGUAGAUAGCUUAUUUAAUAACGACCAAGGUUUAGUGCAGUAAGAAGACAACAAUAAGUCCAUCAGUUUCAGAUAACGUCCAAGGGAAGUUAAGUUAGUAUACUUCGCUGCUUUCUGCCUACGUAAAUAAUGUGUGGACCAACRGUGAAGACUAUAUCGCCCGAGGCGAAGGAGGCUCGUGCUGCUCCGACGUCGAAAGAAGAAAGAACGACGAAGAUCCUUGGCAACGAGAAGAGCCGCACAGUUCCUGUGAACAGUACUGUCGCAGAACCAGAGCACCGGGGGUUUCUGUACGGUACGUUAUCUCUCGCCUUGUUGGUAACGGCGGCCUCUGUCAACAUGGGAUUCUACCAAACGAAGAGAGACACGCUCGGGUGCGACGUUCAGUGCAUCGGGACGAUGACGUCGGCGAGGUCGACUCUGACUCUUCUGGGCUCAACGAUCAUCGGAAAGUGUUCCGAUUCAAAGGCUCUGAAAAUGGUCGGAGGAGCCCGAAAGUUCUUUCUGAUGCUAGGGGUCGCAGCGUCUGCUCUCGAUGUUCUGCUUUCCUUCCGAGCCACAUCGAUCGAUGRGCUGUGGAUUGGGAUGAUCCCAUCGGCGCUAUGCCAGCAGAACUUCACAGUGUUGAAGGCUCUUUUCAUGGAAUACCAUGACGAAUCGGCAUCGGCAGCAGAAAGAGCCGGCAGGGUCGGCAAGCUCGGUAUGGCGGUAGGGCUGGCCUUCAUGGCUGGGCCUUUGCUAGGUUCUGUGUUCUUCAAGGAUCAUCGAACCGCAUCUUUGUUUGCAGCUUGUUGUCUGCUCGGAUCUAUCUUUUUCGUAUCUCUACUGCCAAACCCUCCGAAAUCGACGAUUGCGUCCAGAGAAAAGGAAGCCAACAAAUCAUCGUCGUUUGGAUUUGGUAGUUUCGUCCCUGACCUCGUGCCCGCCGCUAGAACUCGCCCCGCUUUGUUUCUCAUGGUGUCGCGGGUUUGCAUGGGCCUAGCCUUUCACAUUUUCCAAACGAUAUGGGCGGUUGCGCUGAGACAGCGCUUUAAUUUCGGCCCAAAAGAUUACGGUCGAUACUACUCUUUCAUCGGAUUUGGUUUUGCGAUUUCUCAGGGCUUUUUCGCCAAGUAUCUUCUGAAGAAUUUCGGAGCCAGCGAUAGGGGCCGAACGCGGCUUUUGCUGGCGUGUGCCUUGAUUCUUGGUGGCGGCCGGUUCAUGGUCUACCAAACGCACAGCCUCGUCGUCGUAUACGCYGUCUUUGGACUCAUCAUCACGGCACUGGGCGUGAUCAAUACGAUUUUCACCGCUGACACAAGCAAAAUCGCCGAUCCCGAUGAACUGGGAGGGUUGUUCGGCGUGCUGGGAAGCAUGGAAAGCCUCGCCGGAAUCAUUGGGCCAAUUCUUGGUGGAGUGCUGGCAAAUUACGUGCAUCAAAUCUGGGGUCCGCUGGGUGCCGUGCUUUCCCUUUAUGGAUUCGUCUUCACAAUGAUUUAUUUCGGCUACGAACAUACUGUGUGCAAAGGAAAAACAACCGAAACAAAAAAGAAUGUCUAAAUCUAAACAGCACUGCGUCCACAGUAUGUUUUGUUUAUAUACGGUGCACGGUACUGUCGUUCGUGUAAUCCCGGGAAGGGUUCGGCACCUUGUCUAUUGCAGCAAUGAUAGAAGAAGGAUGAUAUUUAUCUGACAACACAUCACUAGCUCUGCAAGAAAUGUAAAAUACUGUC